AUGGAAGAUCUGGCGGAAAAAAUUCGCAAGGAUACGCAAUCAACAACAGCACUUACAGCCCAAGAGAAAUCAGCUUUGCAAAAGAUGGAAGAUAUCGGAAAAAAUUCGGGCCUAACUGUACGGCAGCAGGUCGAUCAGGUCAAAGCAAUUUUCAACGCCUUAAGCGAAACGGAACAGCAAAAAAUUCGUGAUUUUCUUCGUUCGGAGCUUCCACCUCGUCCAUCACCACCCCCACAAUGA